UGUGGUUUCACUUUCAGCCCGCUCUCACGCUCCUCUCUCCAUGUGUAGUAUGUGUAUAUAUAUAUACUACACACAGUUGCACACACUUCUCCUUUUCACGCUGCCUCACACUCACACUCUCACUCAAAACACACACUCAACCUAUACAUACACCGCCUCUGUAUGUAAAUAUCUAUCGAUGAUCGAUCCGCUUGAAUCAAGGGCCUAACGCUGAUCUGAAAGCUCUGCAACUAAAGCGAGGUGAGAAGUUUCUUGUUGCCAGAGCAUUUCAGGUUACUGCAUUAUCGAGCUGCAAUUCAUGGACCAUAAGUGAUCGUGAAAGUGCAUUAAUUUUUUCAAGAAACUACUGUCCCAUGAAGAAUGCAGUCAUGAGUGACGAGAAUAGGGUUUCCAACAUUAGGCAGCCCAGUGUGCGAAUUACACGAGCACAGGCAAAAGCCUUAGGCUCAUCAAGUGGAUUGCCACCUUUACACCCUUCACUCAAACAAGAAGACAAGCCUGUGCUGCGGGCACACUUAAAGAGAGCAGUGUCAGAUAACAAGAAACCAUCAAGUGCAGCUGCUGGUGCCCCGCAUAAGAAAAGGGCUGUUCUUAAAGAUGUAACUAAUAUUGCCUGUGAUGAUUUGUACGUAAACUGCAUAAAUGCAGCCAGAAGUCAGUUUCAGCCUAGCAGGAAGAACAGAAAUCCGUCAUAUAAGAAGGGAGAGGUGGGGAUUCCUUGUUUUCCUAAAAAAUCAGAGGCUCCAGGAGAUAGAAGAGAAAAUAUAAAUGAUGAAGUGAAAGUAGAUGUAGAAAAAUCUCAAGAGAAUUCCACAAGGAAUUUGACAACUGAACCAACCAAAAUUGUUAAUGCAAACGUGAUUUCUACCAUGACAAAUUCCAGUAAAAGCGUCCCACUGACAAGUUCAAUGAGUAGAGAAGAUGUCAAGCUUUGCAUGGAAAAAGAGAGCUUGGAAGACAGUGGAAUUACUGACAUAGAUUCAAAACACAAGGAUCCACAGAUGUGUAGCCACUAUGCAGCUGAUAUAUAUUCUGCUAUGUAUAUAAGACAGAUUGACCGGAGGCCUUUGGCUGAUUAUAUGAAAAAACUGCAACGAGAUAUUACUGAGGGUAUGAGGGCUAUACUGAUUGAUUGGCUUGUUGAGGUUUCUGAAGAAUAUGGGCUGAUGCCUGAUACGCUAUACCUGACUGUAAAUCUCAUUGAUAGAUUUCUAUCUGAGAAUUACAUGACAAAGCAGAAGCUUCAACUUCUUGGUGUGACCUGCAUGCUCAUUGCCUCGAAGUACGAAGAAAUUUGUGCGCCUCGUGUGGAGGAAUUUUGCUUUAUAACAGACAAUACCUACACGAAAGAAGAGGUGGUGAAAAUGGAAAGUUGUGUUCUGAACUUUUUGGGAUUUCAACUAUCUGUUCCCACCACAAAGAAGUUUCUUAGGAGGUUUAUUCAAGCAGCACAAGUUUCUUACAAGGUCCCGUCUGUUGAGCUUGAAUUCUUGGCUAACUAUUUAGCAGAACUAACUGUAACGGACUACAGUUUCCUGAAAUACCUACCAUCCAUGAUUGCUGCCUCUGCUGUGCUUCUAGCCAAAUGGACUCUUGAUCAGUCUGAGAAUCCAUGGAAUCGAACACUGGAGUACUACACGAGGCAUAAAAUGUCAGAGCUAAAAACGGUUGUUUUGGAACUGCAAAACUUACAGCUUAACCCAAGCGGUAACAUGUCGGGUGCCGUACGCCUGAAAUACAAACACUCCAGGAGAAUAAGUAACAAGUCUCUUGCAAAUGAUUGGAUGUUCAGUAAAAGCUACUCUAAUGAACUUGACUUAUCUCAACCACUCAAGGACAAAACCCAGCAGUCCCUCUCCCUAGAAUCUGAACUAGAAUCUUCAGGGUCGAACAAAUCAAUGAUUUUGAGGAUCUCUGAAGGCAUUGCGAAUUUAGGGCUCGACUUAAUUUGGGGCAGAAUGGCUGGAAAUGAACAGGACCAAGGCUUUGAAGAGGAAAUGGCUAAUCGACUAAAAAACUUCUCUCUAUCAGGAUCGGAGAAUCUGGUAAUCGACAUUGCAAAUGAUGAUGUAAAAGCGAGUGCUGAGGAGUGCAGUAGGAGUUUAGUGGGUAAGAUUAUUGGCCAACGCAGAGCCUCACUCUAUGGUCUUCGAAGAGCAAUGACUGCCAUCUGGAGAAUACAGUAUGGACUGGAGUAUUUGAUCCUGAAAGAUUGGAGGAAGGGUAUUAAAGCCACAGACACUUGUUUUGAGGAACUUGACCUCUGGGUACAAGUCUAUAAUGUUCCCUUAGACUGGCUAACUCUGGAGGUGGGACUCAAAUGGAAAGCCGUCCCUAGAUGCACUUCCAUAAGACUAGGGAAUCAAACUACCACUAUUGGUUUCAAAUAUGAAAGAUUAGUCAACCUCUGCUAUUAUUGUGGAGAAAUUGGUGAAAUCAGAAUAUAUGGCAGCCCAGGACAACAGAGCAAAUCUGCAGAGAUGAACCCAGAACCAUCCACAGACUUUAAUCAAGAGCAAGAACCACAAGCGGAGAAGGAACCUGAAAAUUUGAGACUCCUUAUAGACAAAGCAGAAUACCUGGGACAAGCUCAUCUUCAAACACCAGAUAAGGCUAGCAUGGUAGAGUCCAGCUCCUCAAGACAGGACAUUCCCAGCUCCAAAGGAAUUCUUGAAUUUCAUGAUAUGGAAAGAGGCCCAGAGAACGAGAUAGUCCAAUAUGAAGCAGCCACACCCAGUCCAUCAUCCAUGACACCUCAACUAGAUGGCUCUAAACCAACAGGCCUCAUCACUGACCCCUCACUACUCUUGCCAUCUCCCAUGGAUACCCAAAUGACUAAGCAGAAAACUUGGAAAAGAAUUGGAGACAAAGAAGGCAGACUCCAGAGGAACCACAAAGCAGACCAAACUCCUAAGGGGACAGGCACAAAGAGGGGCAGACCACCUCUCAAAAUUAUGUCUGCUGUGCAAGAAGACACUCUCCAGGAGGAAACUGAACACAAAAAACUGAAGUCAUCAUCAACUCAGGUGGAGAAGGCCAGCCUCAAGUGGCCCCACUGUGAACCAUGA